AUGGGAUGGUUAUCAACCGUCCCCAUAGACCCAUUUUUUGGUAGUGAUUCUUUCAGGGAUGCAGUGGAGGGCACAAGCAAUUCCAAGGCUAUUAUCGGUGGGCAGCUUGGAGAGUUGGGGUUGCAAGGGAUCGAUGAGUUGAGCUCAGUUGCAAGGGAGAUGGUGAGGUUGAUUGAGACAGCCACAAUACCGAUCUUUGCUGUUGAUUCCGAUGGGAAAAUAAAUGGGUGGAAUGCUAAAGUUGCUGAGCAAACUGGAUUGUCUGUUGAUGAAGCCAUGGGGAAAUCAUUAGUUCAAGAUCUCGUCUUUGGGGAGUCUAGAGAUGUUGUUGAAAAGCUUCUGAGCCGAGCCUUAAGAGGUAUUGUGCUUCUAAGACUUCUUUCAUUAUGUUUUAAAAAAGAAAACUUAGUUGCUCCACAGUCCCAACCCUUUGAUUCCCCCAAUAUUUGCUUCGGAUGAGAACACAUGUUGCUCAGAGUGGAAUACACAAUGCAAUCGAGGGUCAGGAGACAGACAAGUAUCCAUUUGCAUUCUUUGAUAAGAAUGGCAAAUUUGUAUAGGCAUUAUUGACGGCAAAUGCAAGGACUAAAAUUGAUGGACAUA